AUGAUCAUUCUUUUUAGCAUCCAACCCCUUGUUUUUUUAUUAAUAUAUAAAUACAACAACAUUUCAAGUAUUCCUACCAUUAGUUGUAUUCUGUUUUUUUUUCUAAUUGAAUAUUUGGAUUUUCAGCAGGGUGCCACCAGUGAUCGUGACAUCCUCCGGGGUAUGUUAUACAUUUCAAGACGAGCUAGAUGCAAUUAUAAAUCCUUGACGUUAGCUUGCUGCCGGUGUGGACUAUUUUGGGUAGCUUACCAUAGGAAUCAUGUCAUAUUUGGAAGAUCAUUAUCAUUCAUUGACAUAGUCUUUACAAGCCUCACAACUGAAAACAACCACUAUAUGUUUAUGACUACGCCAACGGAAGGAAACCCAUUAAGUGAAGAACAUCAAUCAGCUUCAAGCAACAGUAAGAGACAUCAAGGAUUACAAACCUGGUUCAAAAACUAA